AGGUCCCCAACUACAGCCAGCACCCCCUCACCUGUCAGGUGGUAUCAGACCUCUCCAUCGUCAGUGGACCGCCCACCUUGGACAUCAAACCAGGUCACACCGUCCCCUACACCGUGUCUGUGUCACCAUGGAAACGAGGGAAACAUACAGGGUCCAUGUCAUUCCUAGCCGUGGAGAGUGAGACAGGAACAGGGAAUGAGUCCAGGCAAUAUGAGGUGUGGUUCUCUAUAGAGGUCAUAUGUGAUCCUGCUCCUCCCCUGAAGGUGCUGGCUGUGGACUGUGCUGUUCAGAGCUCUGUUGCCGUGGAGAUCCCCCUUAGUAAUCCGGAGGCGGAGCCGCUUGAGCUGUGGGUGUGUCUGGAGGGAGAGGACCUGAGUGGAGACACCCUGGUGUGUGUCCCUCCCCAGAGCAGUCUCAACUACACAGUCACCUUCUCUCCUGCUAUAGUAGGGAAGAGAACAGACAG